CUAUAUUACCAAAGUCAAAGUGUAAAAGUUGACGUGAAAAUUAAUUCGUAAUAAUAGAAUAAGGAUAAUUUUUACCUCUCUCAAUAUGUCGAAUGUUUUAAUAAAUAUUUUAGCUGUGGAUAAGGAGCAAGAGUUACUUCAAAGUUUUAUACGAAUUGGAGUGACUGCAGAUGAAGAGUCUUUAGAGGAGUCUCCGCGCAAAACUGGUCGUACAAGGGCUUCUUCUCUGUCUCGUAAGGGUGAUUCUAACUACAAGCGCGCCUCGUCCAACGCUUUUUCAGGUGGUCGAGGCUUGGCUCGCAAUCAUAAGGCUGUGAAAUUUGCUGAUGAAGUUGAAAAGGGUAGUGCUGUUGGAACAUCUAGUCGUGGAAACCGGAUAGAGGCGGAAUUGCGUGCAGCACGAAGAAAAAUCGAAGAUCAGUUGUUGAAAAAGAAGCCCAAGGAAAAUUUUGUCGACUUUUAUACGGACAAAGAUCGAGCAGCAGCUGUUAGUGCUGGGACCUACGACAUUAAACAAAGUCUGCAGAUAAAACAAAAACAAGACCGCAAUGAAAUAAUGCAAAUACCUGACGAGGCAGACAUUAAUUCCAUCAUAGCAUUAGGAUUAAAGGAAAUUAAAAACGCAAAUCCAGAAAAUGCUUUACAUUUCUUUUCUCAGGCACUCGAACUCAACGCCAUUGAUAUUAAUGCGCUAGUUUCACGUAGUAAAUGUUACCUUUUGCUAGGAGAUCCAUCCAAGGCUUUAAAGGACGCGGAAACUGCGCUCGCCGAGGACAAAAAUAAUAUUCGCGCCAUCUACCAAAAGGCAGAAGCACUCUACUUUCUCGGUCAAUUCGAACAGAGCCUAAUGUUUUUCCAUCAAGGCUUGCGCACUCGUCCCGAAUUGUCUUCAUUUCGGUUAGGCGUUCAAAAGACACAAGAGGCUAUUGAAAAUACUAUAGGUAAAAGCUCGGCACGCAACAUGGCAGCUACGCGUAACGAGUUUUCGACCAAAUAUAAAGUACUCAAAAAAUCGCAAAUAAAUACUUCAAAACUAUCCAAUGUGGAGAUGGAUCGACGAAAUGCACGAAAACUGCUAGGCGAAUUGUGCGUUGACAAAGAGUACUUAGAGAAUCUACUGAAGCAUCCCGACUUAGUGCGUGCCGAUACAAACACCGAGAGUAUUUCAACUUACGCAAAAGAAGCCGUUGAUUUUCUAAAAAAGCGACAAGAAUUUUGGCGCCAACAGCGACCCUGUACUGCACUUCCAAAUUACAAAGAUACACCACAAGAGCCUUUACCAGUCUGGUUUUAGAAGACUAGUUUACGCAGAACAUCUUUGUAAUAUACAUAUGUGCAUACACACAUGGAGCAACUUUAUAAUUUUUGUAUACUUCAAAUUGGCUAUAAUGACUUAAUA